AUGUUAAGGUAUCAGUUUAUUCUUGUUUUAUUUCAUGUAUAUGUGUGUCAAUGCCAGAGUCGCCUAACAAGCUCUGAUCUUUCUAAUCCACCACUUCAAAGCCACCUUGACCCAUAUACCACUAAACAUCAUGCUUACAAAGACACUAAAUUUGGAUCAACAUUUACACCAGGCUCAAAGGCCCAACCCUUUACCAUUUGGACACUGGACCAUGGUAAAAUAUCAUAUCCUGGGGAAAAUUUUCCCCAAGGGUCUCCAAUUGGUUUCCAUGUCUACACCAACCAUUCAGGCUUCCUAGAUUGCAUGUGGACCGGCCAAAAGUCAUUGAUUGACUUUGUGAAUACCAGUCCAUCAAAUGUGCAGUAUGUGUUUUUAACUUUUGACAAUAACGCAUUAAAAAUCGCAACCUGGAUGAAAUCCCAGUUACAAAAUGCUCUUUUAUUGUCAAAACUAACUCUUACUGAGCAAACAAAUUUUAUGAAAAAAAGUUUCUUUGUCAUCACCCCGGUUUCAGAACUAGGCAAUUGGAUUCCCGCCAUUUUGCAGGAAUGGUCAUGCAGUGACCAUGGAUGCGGUUACAACCAAGUUGCAUUUGAAUCAAAAUCCUGGAACCCGCCGGUUAAAUUUGUAAAGCGAGUUGAUGCACGUUAUGACUGGGCAUUUGUUCACCAGUGGAAACCUGCUGCCCCUACCUUAACCCACGUACCAGAUGGUUGUUCGUUUAGUGUAAAAAACAUGAUACAUAUAAACGGCUCUGUUGCUCUUGUAGCAGGUUCCAGUAUAAACUGCACCAUUGCUAAAAAGGUAAGCAACUUACAAAAUGCAGGAGCUAUUGGUGUGCUUGUGUACUCAGAACCUGGUUAUCCAUUAAAAGACAUUAACUGUGAUGGUGCAGAUUGUUCUGUACAAAUCACUAUACCAGUUGUGAGCAUCCCAUACGAUGCUGAAGUAAUUGAAAGUGUCAAAACAGGUUAUGUUGUAACAGCAAGCCUUCAGAAUACUCCAUCUCCAAAUUUCUACUUUACAAUUGACGGAAAGGGCAAUCUUGCAGAAGCUGGUUGGUUCCUGUAUCCCUCCCUGCAGUUUCUAGCUUGGCAAAUGCAGUGGCUUGUAUUUGAUGCUAAUCUAACAAACAAAAUCUCAACAUUUGUUGAUUACAAUGUACCUGUGUUUAACCAUACAGUAUUGCAAGGGAAAAAUGGGACAGGCAAUGUCACAGUUCAGUUAAAUAACCUUCAAAACUACAACAGUUUGUAUUUGGAUAUGUCGCUUGGGUGUGUCAGUGACACAGAAGAUGGUUGCCCGCCAUGGGAUCAUGUAGCUACUUUGUAUGUGUGUUGUGAACAAGCUGAACAAGAGUUAUGUGGUGUAGAAGUAGGACGUUGGAUCACUGCAUUUCGGAGAGGCACUGGUCACUGGCUAACCAAUGUUUCGCCACUUUUACCAGUGUUUGGUUUAUCAUCAUCAACUAAAUGCAGUUUUAAGGUUUUACUCGGGGCAUGGUGGGCUAAGCCUUGGACAGUAACCUUAACACUUAGGUUUAAAAAGACUCCUACUCCACAAUCUUUCUAUCCAACAGUAUCCAAACUACCCUUGAGGCCUUUCAAAGCCAUUCCUUUAUUCCAAGGUGGAACAUUCGACAGUAACUACAAUAAAAACCACCCAAUGCUCCAAAUAACAGCACCUAGCUUUACCUCUGCUAUUAUUUAUGCUGUUAUAACUGGCCAUGGCUCUGACGAUCAUAACUGCGCUGAGUUCUGCGUCACGACACACCUUUUCUCUGUAAACAACAACUCAGCUCAUAGCACAACAUUCAACAAUGCUGGGACGCCAUUAGGCUGUGCAGAGCGUGUGCCAGAAGGUGUGGUGCCUAACGAGCAUGGUACUUGGUUAUAUGGUAGAGACGGUUGGUGCGAUGGUCUGCAGGUUGAUCCAUGGUUGAUUGACAUUUCAAACGAACUUCUUCCAAACUCCAUAAACAACAUAACAUACCGUGGACUGUUUGAAGGCAAAGAUCCAAAUCCAAAGCAGAACCCAGGAUUGAUUAGAGUUUCAUCUUACCUUGUGUUUUAUCAUUAA